AUGCUCAGUCUUGCAGAUAAAGGGUGGACGGACCCUGCGAUUCUGAUUAACAUCUUCCGACGAGGCAACCCAUAUAGAACAGGCUCAUAUCUACUGUACCUAGCGGCCCUUCUCUGUGGCUUGGGCGUCAUGAUCCCAGCUCUGCAGGGCUACUACCUUGAUACUGUCCAAGUGAACGUGAGCAUCGGAGACGGCGUGUUUAAUGAUUUAGCGCCUGCGCGCGAGUUGACACCGAAAGGCUUGACCAGUGUUGCCACUUCCAAGGAUGUUAUACCAGCCACAAUCGGGGACACCACCGCUUCAUCCGGAGACUUUUCCUAUUUGUGGACGCCUCACACGAAUUUCUCCUCCAGGCCUCCGAUCUACGACAUUCUAGGCGUGGAAAGCAGUAUACCCUGGUUCGCUUCUGCUGCACCUAUCACCGCAGAUACUGGCCUUCUUCGUGUAUAUUCUUUAGGAAUGGGAAGUUCCGUCAAUUGUGCGCCUAUUUCUUCGAACGAUUUCCCGUCUAAGUGUCCGGGAUCCAAUCCUUUCUCGACAAAUUGUUCGAACGUCGAUCCGACUAGAUCCGCGAUAUCUGGGAAUACCAGUCAGUCAUGGGCAGAUCCCUUCGUUUUCAGGGUUUGCGCUCCUGGUGACGUUAGCUCGUCGCCUUGGCAGCCAACCCUUGACAGGCAUCAGAUCAGUGAGGAUCUAUAUCUAGAUAACCAGGACUACAGCGCAGCGGAAAUUGCCACAAACUAUACUUACCGUUGCAUUGCUGAAUCAACCCUGGGCUACUUUGAGCUUCCAAAUCAGUGGAAUGGCUUUAUUAGUGAUGAUAUACUAGCUACCGCUCCCGACGUGGAUGACAUCUCUACUUACGGAGGAAUUGGAGGAAACGAGACUUUACCUGCAAUCAGCAAACGCUCAAUGCAGAGUGACAGUGCUAAUAUGCCUCCUAACCAUGUGGUCCCUGGACCUCUACUAACAUCCGUCCUGGCUAUGUUUGGCAAUGGAACAUUCUACAAUACUCUUACCUCUAUCAACAGCACGGGUCCCGAACUCACAGCUAUUUGCGAACAAGUCCAAGUCCCUUUUGGUGAUAACAUCGACGACCUUCUAUUUAACAGUCCAUAUACAAUGGAGCAAUGUUCGAAUGAACAAGGCGCCAGUGCCUUGAAUCUAUACCUCUCUAGUUGGCUGAAAACUUGGAACGAAACACUCUACCUCAACCUCGCUCUGACAGCAGGUACCUAUUAUAGCGCUCGCGAGGCUCUGAACCCCGACUUCUUCCCGGAGCCGACUGUCAACACAGACGGCGCCAUGAGCCAUUCUCGAUUCUUGUAUUCAAGUCCCGGCAUGGCCAUCCAGAAAUUCUCGAUUGUCAAGGCCCCACUAAUCGCUAUCAGCCCCCUGAUAUUGCUGUAA